GUAUCUGCUGGAGCAGCGAGAAGUGGAGGUGAACGUGCGGGACAAGUGGGACAGCACCCCCCUGUACUACGCCUGCCUCUGUGGGCACGAGGAGCUGGUGCUCUACCUGCUGGCCAACGGAGCCCGCUGCGAGGCCAACACCUUCGACGGUGAGCGCUGCCUCUACGGCGCGCAGAGCGACGCCAUCCGCCGGGCGCUGCGUGACUAUAGGCAGGUGACGGCCUCCUUCCGGCGGCGGGACCUCUACUAUAGCUUCCUGCUGCGGCUCCUGGAGCAGGGCCUCCACAGCGACGUGGCCUUCGUGGUGCACGGCAAGUCCUUCCGGGCGCAUCGCGGCGUUCUGGGCGCACGCAGCACCUACUUCGCCCACAUGCUCGACACCAAGUGGAAGGGCAAGAGCAUGGUGGUCCUCAGGCACCCCCUGAUCAACCCCGUGGCCUUCGGGGCGCUGUUGCAGUACCUGUAUACAGGCUGCCUGGACGUCGGCGUGGAGCAUGUCAGCGACUGUGAGCGCCUGGCCCGGCAGUGCCAGCUGUGGGGCCUGCUCGGUGCCCUGGAGGCCAAGUUGGCCUCCAAGCCGGGUGUGUGCAUGAAGGUGCUGACUAUCGAGCCCCCCCAGGCGGACCCCCAGCUGCGGGAGGACCUGGCCCUGCUGGCUGACUGCGCCCUGCCCCCUGAGCUCCGGGGCGACCUCGGGGAGCUGCCCUUCCCCUGCGCCGGCCUCAGCAGCUGCCCCGACGUCUGCUUCCGCGUGGGCAGCUACGACUUCCUCUGCCACAAGGCCUUCUUCUGUGGCCGCAGCGAGUACUUCCGGGCCUUGCUGGACGACCACUUCCAGGAGAGCGAGCAGCUGGAGGCCUCAGGCGGCCUCCCGGCCGUCACCCUGCACAGCGUCUCGCCUGAGGUCUUCACACACGUGCUGUACUACGUGUACAGCGACCACACCGAGCUGCCGCCAGAGUUGGCCUACGACGUGCUGAGCAUGGCCGACAUGUAUCUGCUGCCGGGCCUGAAGCAGCUGUGUGGCCGCAGCCUGGCCCAGCUGCUGGAUGAGGACAGUGUGGUGGGGGUGUGGCGUGUGGCCAAGCUGUUCGGCCUGGCGCGCCUGGAGGACCAGUGUACCAAGUACAUGGCCAGGGUCAUCGAGAAGCUGGUGCAUCAGGAGGACUUCGUGGAGGCCGUGCGGGAGGAGGCCGCGGCCGUGGCCGGCCGGCAGGAGACGGACUCCAUCCCACUGGUGGACGACAUCCGAUUCCACAUGGGCAGCCUGGUGCAGACCCGCCACGCCAUGGAGCAGGCCGCACAGCGCCUGCGGGUGCUGGAGGAGCUGCUGGUGUCCAUCGGCCUGGACUGCUGACCGCCACACGGGGCUGUCAGGGAGCCGGGGGCGUCCCGGUGGCUGCAGCGGCUCUCUCCACUCUGCUUGGGGCCCCAGGAGGUUCGCCUGGGGAUGAGGCCUUUCUCAGCACAAACCAGCCCCCGAGCUCUGGGGCUGGGCACCACUCAGGGCAUCCUGGGGUGAGGGUCUCUAAGGGCCUUCCUCCUUCAGCCCCCGCCCCUCCUGCCAUGUCUCCCUGGGGGAGCUGGCUUAUUUGCACAGAGCCGCCACGAGGGGGCCACAGUGUCAGCAUGGCAGUAAAGCUUGACUUCACUGUGGGAGCUUGUGUGCCAGGACGGGGUAGGGGGCCUCAUCGACAAGAGAUGGUGUUGGCUGGCGCCCUGAGACCUGCCUGCCGGGACCGGCCCCCUGCCAGGCAGGCUCCUCUUGCUGAGGGCAGCCUGUCCCCCACCCUCGGGGGCCAGGGCAGCCUGUCCCCCACCCUCGGGGGCCAGGACAGGUUUGGAGGAGCCAGCAGUUGCUUCCCCGGCAACGAGGCAAGCCGUCUGCGGUCUGGUACACACUUAGUGAGCCCCGCUGUUCUUACUGCCGUGGGGCUAAGGACAGAAGUCACUGUCUGUGUGACCUCAGCCUGGAGCCCAGCUCCCCAUGCCUGCUUCUAAGCGAACGCUCGAAUCAGUGUUCAGGCGUUACUGGUGAAAAUGAUCCGUGCAUUCUAUCCCAAGCCUAGACCCCAGCAGUGUUCACAUCUGGGGAAGUAGACCAACCACCAAGGAAAAACGCAGCAACAGGAGAAGUUCUCGGUAACACGGAGUGUAGGAGCAGCUUGUGGCCCCCAGGAGACGGCCUGACAGCACGGACGCUGCCCCGUCAUCCCGGGGGCACCAGAGCACAGCCACGGCCGAUGUUUCUGUGUGGAUUGUCGGCAUUUGGGUCCCUAAUGACAUUAAAAUAUCGCUUAUUUUGAUUA